CUUCCUCUGCCAAUCCGCGUCUGCUAGCUUCUGCCUGAAAAAAAAGAAAAAGAAAUUAGAAAAGAGAAGACAACGAAUUGGAGGCGGAAAAAUAGGAGAAAGAGAAAAUUAGUUAGUACCAUUUCUUCACUAAUACUAGCCUCGAUCUUCUUCCCUAACGAGCUUCGACCAUUUUCCCUCCAACAAUGGCGCGUAGAUCGCUUUCCGCCAAUCUCCUCCACUUCCUCUCCGUCUUCGCUCUCUUCCACACUCUCGCGCUCUCCAAAACCCUCAAACGCGACGUGAAGGCGUUGAACGAGAUCAAGUCGUCGCUCGGGUGGAGAGUGGUGUACGCUUGGGUGGGAGACGAUCCCUGCGGCGGCGACGGCCUCCAGCCUUGGUCCGGCGUCACGUGCUCCACUCAAGGAGACUACAGAGUCGUUACCGAAUUGGAAGUGUAUGCAGUGUCGAUCGUUGGUCCGUUUCCUACCGCCGUGACCAAUCUGUUGGAUCUCACCAGAUUGAACUUGAAAUGUUUCUGCAAAAUUAGGGAUUUCCAUAACAACAAGCUGACAGGGCCGAUCCCUCCACAGAUUGGAAGAUUGAAGCGUCUCAAGAUACUGAACUUGAGGUGGAACAAAUUGCAAGAUUCCAUUCCUCCUGAAAUUGGUGAACUUAAGAGUUUGACACACUUGUAUUUGAGCUUCAAUAAUUUCAAAGGAGAGAUUCCGAGGGAGCUGGCUAAUCUCCCCGAGCUCCGGUACCUUUACUUGCAAGAGAAUCGGUUUAUUGGGCGAAUUCCUGCAGAAUUGGGAACCUUGCAGAACCUUCGUCACUUGGAUGUUGGCAACAAUCAUUUGGUGGGCACCAUCAGGGAACUAAUACGUAUUGAGGGUUGCUUCCCUGCCCUUCGCAACCUCUAUCUGAACAACAAUUACCUGACUGGAGGAGUCCCUGCACAGCUUGCUAACUUGACAAACUUGGAGAUCUUGCACCUGUCCUCCAAUAAAAUGACUGGAGUAAUACCUGUUGGACUUGCUCACAUUCCGAAAUUGACCUACCUGUACCUGGAUCACAAUCAAUUCACAGGAAGAAUUCCUGAAGCCUUCUAUAGACAUCCAUUUUUGAAAGAAAUGUACAUCGAAGGAAGCUCGUUCAAGCCCGGUGUAAACCCGAUAGGCAUGCACAAAGUCUUUGAAGUAUCUGAUGCAGAUUUUGUAGUUUAGAAAUCCAGCCAUUAUUGAAUUCAUUUCUUUACCACUUGUUUCCCCCCUCUUGUUACAAGCCUAUACAUAGAGAGAGCUAAAAAAAUGGAAUGUCAUGUAUGAAAAAUUCAUGAUCAUCCCAAUGUAGACUUCGCCACUAAAUCAGUCUUCAGAGGCCACAAUGUUGAACCAUGCAUAUCAUAUUUGUAUUGUAAAUGUUUGCCUCAUUUCACUGUCAAGUGGUGGGAGAAGAAAAUUCUGGCUGAGUUUUCUCUCCCGCAACAAAUUCAUGAACCGAACCACCAAUCUCGAUUGAGCUGCUACCUGGUGACUUCUCCACCCCUCGGUCCCUCAUCAUCUUCCUCACUCUCUUUGCCUCAUCGUGCUUCCCAGCUGCGGAAUACAAGUUCGAGAGCAGAGUGUAGGCCCCACUGUGACUUUCCAAUUUAAACAAUCUCUCAGCAGCAACCUCGGCCAGUUGUGCGUCUCCUUGGCUGCAGCAAGCAUUUAGCAGUGCCCUCCAUGCUAUGGCUUCUUCAGAAGAACUGCUAGAAGAUGGCAUUCGUUGGAUUAUUCGUUCGGCUUCUUGAAGAAGACCUUCUCUGCUGAGAAGAUCAACAAUGCAUCCAAAGUGUUCACUCUUGGGCUCUAGUUUGUACUCAUUACACAUCUUGUCUAAUAUCAUUAACCCUUCAGAUGCCAUGUUUGAAUGGCUGCAGGCAGCUAGAAUGGUCAAGAAUGUGAUGUCAUCAGGCUGCAACCCAGCUGCUUCCAUCUCCAAGAGCAGCUUCAGUGCGUUCUCCCCAUCUCCGUGGAUCGCCACCCCGGAAAUCAUGACAUUCCAACAAACGACAUCUCUAUCAGGAAUUUCAUCGAACAGGUUUCUGGCGAGCGCCAAGUUCCCACAUUUUACGUACAUAUCCACCAGUGCUGUGCUCAGACGGGUACUAAGUUGAAAUCCAGAUCUAGUCAGUUGUCUGUGAAUCCACAUUCCAGUGUCCAAAGCUCCCAGCUGAGCAGAAGCAGUGAGAAUGCUCGAAAAUAUUCCCUCGUCUGGCUGAACAUCGGCCAAUUGCAUCAGCUUGAAGAGAUACAAGCACUCCUUGUAACAGCUGUUCUGAACAUACCCGGAAAUCAUGGCCCCCCAUAGACCUCCAUCCUUGAUUGGAGCCUGAUCGAAGCACAAUCUCGCCUUUCCAACUUCGCCCGCUUUAGCAUACCCAGAAACCAUUGACGUCCAAGACACAACACACGGGCUAGGCAUUUCAUCGAACACUUUGCCUGCUGCGCCCAUACAGCCAAACCCAGAGUAGAAAAGAAUGAACGAGUUUCCCACGACGGUAAACCACUCCAGCCCUAAUUUCAGGCAAGACCCAUGAACAGCCUCUCCAUUAAAACGAGAUUCCAGCUUCAAACAAGCUUUCAGCACGUAAGGAAGCGUGUAAUCGUCCGGGUACAUGCCGUUCCGCCAAAUGGUGGAGUAGACUUGGAAAAUCUUGGAGAGGUCAUCAUUUUGCAGAAGACACUUGAUCGCGGUGUUGCAGAUGCAAAUGGUGGGGCGGUGAAUGCUCUGGAAGAGCUUCCAAGCGUGGUCGGCGGCGGUGGAGGUUCCGGUCUGAAGGCGUACCUCCGCGCAUAAAGCUAGAAUUCUGCUAAGAGCAAAGGAAUUGUGGCCGAGGCCACAGGCGAUUGCUUGGCCGUGAGCUUGCUUCAGUUGGUUCAAGCUCUUGCAUUUCUUCAGAAGGUUUAGGCAUCUUGUGGAAGGGAGAAGUGACAUGAAUCUCCUCGAGAUAGCUCUGCAUUCUCUUUUUCUGGCUUACAGAAUCAUAGUUGCCUAGGCUACGAAUUCAUUCGAGGUGGGACAACUCCCUUAAAAUAUAGUUUUUGGUGCACCCACUUUGGAACAGGUGAUAUUAUAUAUAAUAAUAAUAAAAAGCUAAAUUAUAUUUUUGGUCAAUCAAAUUAUAAAAAUAAAAAAUCUUUCACAUUUGUUACCCGAA